CUGAUGCAAACUGAUUUUAAAUAAAAACUUUUCAGUCAACAUUUAUUCAGCAGUUCCUGCAGCCAAAACAAAAAAACCCCAAAACUGACAAAAAAAGAAUUGAGUCACUGACUUAACCAUGGAGAAAUGUCCACAACCAAGUUGGAUGCACACAGUCACUUGUCUUAAUGCUUUAAAAAGCAGUGACUAUGAUUAUGUAUACUUUGCAUGUAAUCUUACCAAAGUCCUGGGGCAAAGGCAAUACAUUUACGCUCCAGUCUACAAUGACUCUAAGCUGGACUGCGUCGUCUCGUCUCAGCCUGCUUUCAUUAAAUCUGAAUCUUACAAAUCUAGACCAGCCCCAGGAAGUCUUUACAAGUGGCAGCCAGUCAGCAGGAGUGCUAACUCUUCUCCGCUGGUGAGGGCUUCAUGUAAAAUGAGGAGUGCUCUUGAGGCCCCCUCUAAUAUAAGCCAAAGUACCGAAGUUGCUCAAAGCAGCGGGUUAUUGAAGACUCUCCAUCAAGUCACUUUCAGCUCCAGACACCUUAACCCUUAUGUGUAUCAUGGGUACAAGAAAGCUGGUUGCAGAUACCUCUAUGGUCCUCCAUCUGAAAUAUCUGGGUUUGUGGAUGAAGGUUUCCCACCUUGUACCCAGAUUUGUCCUGAUGAGGGGCAGCCCAGUUCCCUGGAAAAUGAGGAACUCGACGAGACAUCCUCUUGUACCAAGCAGAUGAGCCUCCAGAUGAAAUGAUCCAGAAACAUGAAGAGCUUAUUUCUGAUAGCAGCAUCAAGGAGGACGAUCUACUGUGUGAUUUCCUGAAUGUAUUGAAUAAAAUAAUAAGCAUAAAUCAUUUGGACAAAGG